CAACCCCACAGAGCGCAGUGUGCGCGCUAACGAGCUCAGACACCACAGAGGGAGAGUGUGUCAGCAGGAGGAGAUUUGUCUAAUAUCGGCUAUUUGGGAGUUUAACACAUUAUAGGAGUACAGAAGAUGAAGUCUCCAAAGAUAAAGUCACAGAGCAAAUCGUUUCUUGAGGAGGAUGACGAUCUCAAUGCCGUGUUGUGUGAAUUUGACGCUGUCAUUGAGGAUUUCACGUCCCCCGUGGAGAAGCGACACUUCAGAUAUGAUGAACACUUGAAAACCAUGAAGAGACGGAGCAGCGCGAGCGUCAGCGACAGCGGCAUCAGCGACUCUGAGAGUGCAGAGUCCUUGAACAGAAACAGUUUCAGCUUCAGUGAUGAGAAGCUCAACUCUCCCAGCGUCUUCUCCCCCUCAUCAAACAGUCCCUUGGUCACAUCUCCUAAACCUAAACUCGGAGACACUAAAGAGCUGGAGGACUUCAUUGCUGACCUUGACAGAACAUUAGCAAGCAUGUGAGUUAGAGACGGGGUGACUGGGGCCCACCACAUUGUAGCUCCGCUGGGGGACGACAGCCAGACCGCACCUGACAAACCUGAACUACUGUGAAGAUAGAGAAGACAUGGUCAGGGUUUAGCAUGCUGAACGAUGACGUUCACGAAGACUUUGUGUAUACUUGCACCCAUACAAACACACUCAAAUACAAAUGCAUAAAAAAUACACUUUUGACAGGAAUGGCUGUGCUCUCUGAAAAACUUGAGCUGUAAGAUUAUUUAAAUAGCUUUUUAUAGAAAUAUAUUUUUAAUUUUAUAGAGUUGGUUAUUGUAAAUUUAUCUUUAAUACCAUUUUGUGAUUGUAUAUUUUUGUAUUUCAUGUAAAUAUUGUUUCAGACUCUAUCGCCUUGCUAUAAGCCUUUUCUGUCACAUGAGAAUAAACUUAAUUCUUAAUUCAUUAGAAAAACUGGAAAAGCAAUAAUAACUUGUAUUUAAUACAACUAAUGUCUUCUAAGAGAUUAAAGUUGACAGAUUUCAA